AUGGUAAUUAAGCGAAAGCUCAGAAAUUCAACUACUAGUACUAAUGCUAGUACAUCAACUACUAUUGUUCCUGAAAUUAAACAAGAGGAAAGUAGUAGCGUGACGCAGAGUUCUACUACUAGUUCUACCACUAGCCAAUCUAAAGAUUCUAAAGUUGAACGACGUGGUCGACCACGUAAACCUACGGAUGCUGCGGAUGUCACGGAUGCCGCUGAUGAAGAAGUUAACGAAAGACCUUCUAAACAUAUGCGAACAGGAGAAACUUUUAAAAUAAUUACUUUCAACCCCAAGGGAUCUUCUGAUGAACAAAUUUUCUCUCGACAUAUUGAAACUAUUGCUUCACCCGGACUAGAAGAUGUUGCUUCUAAUUCAGGUAAUGAUAUAGAGGAACCAAAGAAGAAUAUUCGUCCACGAAAAUGGAUACGUAGAAAAGUUGUAAUAAAAACAACUGGGGCGGAAAUUGCAGUUCCAGUUUGGUAUUCUAAUCAUAUUAAAAAUUUCAAUCAAGUUUCAACUUUUGCAGAUUAUUUUCAGAGAAAUGAAUUAUGGGAAGAAUUAAAUAUUUUAGAAAGAUUAUAUUAUAAAAAUAAGAAUCAACAUAAACGGACAAUCUAUUUUCGCAAAAUUGAAGAGGUAAGAAGAAUUACCAAUAGAUUUAAAGAAAUGAAUAUUGGAGAUUUAUUAUUAGAAUUUAUUGGAUGGUUUUAUGGGGCCGAUCAGGAUCAAAAUAAAAAACAUCAAAAACAAAAAAAACAAUGGGAUCACAUUCCAUCUCGAAAUAUGGGACUUUAUGUAUUAAGUAGAAUAAAUUGUGCUAUAUCUUUAAUGGAUGAGGCUUUGGAAUCUUAUCUUGAUACCUACAGUAAUAUUCAAUUACUUCUACGUCAAACGGAAUUCAUGACUCUUGCUUUAACUAUGAUAUCCAUUCUUGCUCGAUUAAAUAUGUUAACACGUGUCUGGCUCUCUGAAAUGAGAAAAUGUUAUAAAUUAUUGAAGGAAUGGGUUUUACAUUUUCCAGAAUAG